GCCUCCUCCUUGCGGGUUGAGGUUUGUGGGGAAGGAUCCUGCGCAGGGCCGUGCACUGAUCACGUGAGCUGGUGUCGCGCUAAGAUCCACACGUUCCAAGCCCAGCAAUUCAUUCAUUGUGCGACGCUGAGACCAAUCUUCCGCAGACAGCGCUUUGACAUCAGUUUUUCACUUUGGGUGCUCUUGGUUAUCGGUAUCUGGUCAUUCUUUCCCUCGGAAUGGCUCCAUCACACACAACUGGCAAUAGCUGCCAAACAAUCGACCUCACAGGCUCCUCUCCAGAGCCGGAACAAAAACCCCAGCAACGAUCACAACAGCGGCCACAGCCAAGGCCGCCCCAAAAACUAGUUCAAAUGUACCUCAAGCCCGAGCCACGCCCAUACGGUAUGGCAAACGUCGGGAUGGAAGCUAGGCAUCCGAUGACUUCCGCGCGAAACCCUGUAGGGGCACAGCAGGCGCGCCCUAUCCACCCCGAGCAUAUCAAACAGAUUAUCGAGACAGCCGACCCGCGUGCUGUGCAGAGGGUGCUGCUCGAGCUUUGCCAAAUGUCACCGGCCUUUUCCGGCGCCCUCGUCCGUGGACUUGCGUCUCAUUCGGCAUCCGCCCAGGGCCUGAUCAGCCAACAACGGAUGCAGUUGCAUCAGCCCAAGGUCAAGAUUCCAGAUGAGGAUGAUAGCGACGAACUCUAUGAGGCGACGAAGAGGAAGCUCGCGAAGUCUAUAGUUCCAACCCCAAAUCACAACAGCUUGCCUGCACAAUCUCGCGAGAUCAGCGGAAGUCGAGCUACAUCACGGCCUCAUGGUUCUGAGUUUGAAUCACGAGUGAAGCGUGAGCCACGUGAGCGCUCAGAGUCGAGUUCGGAUGGCGAUAUGCACCUUCCUGGAGCCUAUCCACGCUCAACCACAUUACGCACGCCAGUCCGGAAGCCCUCAGGCCAAUCAUCCUCUGUCAAUCAAACACCAAGGCUGUUGACCAGAGACACGCCACGGUCAGCGAGUAUCAACAAACGGCCUGCGCCUUUGACAAAGACCUGCACAGUGUGUCACGAACAGAUAGUGGACGUGAAUGCGCCCUGCGUUACUCAUUCUGGGCAGAGGUACAGGCCAAAAGACGGGUUAAUAAAAUGGGACUGCUGUCACGAAGACAUUGAUCAUCCCGGUUGCGAGUUCUACGGACAACAUACGACUGGAGAAGAGCUCGAAGAAGAUGCGUUGGUUCAAAGGAAACGACCAAGUGCGUCUCCGGGUCCAAGUCGUGCCACACAAAAGAGACCCAGAGCAUUCUAACGAAAAUGCCAGGAGUUUGCCAGGUAGCUGGUCACUCUUUACUUACAGCGGGACGCGAUAGCUCCACGCAUUGGGUACUCUUUUGCGAUUGUGCUUUUUGUUCUUCAGUUCCAGGCGCCUUCGGAAGACACUUGGCAUAUCAUUAGUUCAUAGGUAGAGGCAUAGCGCAGGCGUUUCGUGUACUAGGCAGCAUUGAUAUGGCUGCGGAGAUCUCAGGCAGCCGCAUUACAAAGUCUUGUGUUCGUCCUUGAAGAACAUAUACAUUGCUAAGCCUGCGUUACCCUUCCUGAUUUACGACUUUGGUCUCGAGAACUUCACCAUCGUCUCCAGGGCCCAAAACUGUUCAUUUUCCCAUCAGGAACAGCGAUUACUCCCUUCGCUUCUCGUAUCCUGGUGCAGGUCCCCCCCAGGAGACUGCGCCUCACCGUUAUGCUGAAACCUAUGCACACCUCUUCCACUCCUUGAUUUGAUGCUAAUGACGCGACGGCCAUUA